CCUCUACCGGAAAAGUUGGGGCCUAACAGUGGGAGGUAGGGCAUCAAAGUUUUGGUUCAGCGUGGUAAACACGGGCGUCAGGUUGGAAUUAAACUUGAGGUGAAUUAAGUUGUAGGUCUACAUUUGUAUCGCGAGUCAAGAUUCUAUCGGUUGUCGUCGAUAGGACCGUUAGCGUUAGCUUACUAUCCUCAGCAGCAGCUCUGAACCACAGGUCUCGAUAACGAUCCAGCAGCAUGGAGCCUGAAGUUGGCCCUCACAGCCCGGACGAAGACAGUGCCGUGCCAGACCAGGCCCUCAGAUACCAGAGGAGCCUGAAGAGCCUCCAUAUGCUCGCCACCAGAUUUUUGGAGUUUCUACAAGAAGCUGAGGGAGGAGUGGUGGACCUCAGAGAAGCUGUCACGACCCUGGCUGUUGAGCACAAAAGGCGCAUCUACGACAUCACAAAUGUGUUGGAGGGCGUCGGUCUGAUUGUGAAGAUAUCCAAGAACGUUGUAAAGUGGUUGGGUACGGGGCCAGGAGAGAAUCUACGCAAUUUAACCCACAGACUGACACAGUUAAGGUCUGAGCUGGCGGAUUUGGAGCAGAAGGAAUUUAUGUUGGACCAGCAGAGACAGUGGGUGGAACAUAGCAUCAGGAACACAACAGAGGACUGCAGCAACCUGACCUAUGUGAACCAUGAAGAUAUCUGCAACUGCUUCAGUGACCACACACUCUUGGCAGUACGAGGUCCAUCGGGCACACAGUUAGAUGUUCCCAUUCCCAAAGCUGUCCAGAACAGCCCGGCAAAGUACCAGAUCUAUCUGAAAAGCAUCAGAGGACCCAUAGACGUCCUGCUCCUUAACAAACACUCUGCCAGCUCUGUUCCUGUGGCACUGCCAGUCCCACCGCCUGAAGAUCUUUUACAGAAUGCCAAGUUAGCCAUGUCCACUUCAGUCGCAACAGAAAGCAGUACGACACCUUGUCAGGCUUCAGCUGAUGCCAAACAUCUCAAUACAUCAAGACAGACAUCCACAGAAGACACGCAGCCGCCUCAUGCAUUGUCAUUUAUUAGCGCUGAACCUAAAAGAAUGGGCACACCUAUAUUGCAAAAUUUAUCAAAGGAACUGAAGGACCUACUAGACCCAUCCAAAGAGAUAACGAGUACAGAUCUAAUCACAAGGCUUAUGGCCUCUAAAGUUUUUUCUCCACUCCUUCGAGUACCUCCACCACCAUCUCAAACUGAAUACGUUCAUAAUCUGGACGAAAGCGAAAGCCUUUGUGACUUCUUUGACAUGCCUGUGCUCAAUGUUCGACCGUGAACACGUGCCAUACUACUUCUGAAGGAAAGGUUUUCCUUUGAAAACGUACACAGUGGUCUGUUUUUAAAUAGCUAUGUGAUUUAACAAAUAAACAAAGGAUUUCAAA